UCACCCGUGUGAUAGGUUUCCACAGUAAUCUUUAUGCUGCAUUAGAGACAUAGAUACAGAGGUGCUGUACUGUGUUCUUGCAACGGUGGAGGUGCUCGGCUGGUAACGUUAAAGAAGGAAUAAGGCGCCCGAGAGAAGGCGUUCGUCUUUGUUGUGGAGCAUCAGCUAUUAAGGACGGCCAGCUGCUGUGGGAGCAAUUUCCUGCUGCAGAGAUCAUUUUAAGAAAGGACAGCGUUCCUGUGACCUCUGCCUACCAUCCAUAAAAUACUCAUUCCCCUCUCAGAAGUUACAAGGCCGUCUUUCCUGAAGUCAGCGGGCUCCUGAAUUGUGCUCAUGACCAAGACCUUGCUGACUGCCAUCUGAAUCAUAUAUAGUGGAGGAAAAAAGGAGUCAGCAGAAGCAGGCGCAAGUGGGGAGGCCGGAAGUGAACAAAGCCACUUUCAUAAUAUAUUAGCUCUGCCUGCAGUUGAACACAAAGACCUGGAGGAGACUCCCACCUCCUUCAGGGAGAAGAAAGGAGGCAGCGAAGCAGAUUAAAGGAACUUGUGGCUUGUGGCCUUUUUGUGCAAGGACUGCCUGGAAGGGGAGAAAAGUGUAUGAAAGCCACCGUGGCGGUUAAUGAGCUGUGAGAUGAGGCGCUGCUGCGGCCGCUGCUGCUGACACUCGCUCCCAGGCUGCACCCGCCGCCCUUGGCGCUUCAUGUACAUGUGUCUAUUCAGGCCGUGCGGAGGCGCCCAGAAGAGCAUCCAACACGGCUGCCGGGGAAAGACCGCCCACCAUGCCCACGGAGACCCUACAGACAGGUAGCAUGGUGAAGCCGGUCAGCCCCGCGGGCACCUUCACCUCUGCCGUGCCCCUGCGCAUCCUGAACAAGGGGCCAGACUACUUCCGCAGGCAGGCUGAGCCCAACCCCAAGAGGCUCAGCGCCGUGGAGAGGCUGGAGGCCGACAAGGCCAAGUACGUCAAGAGCCAGGAGGUGAUCAACGCCAAGCAGGAGCCCGUGAAGCCCGCCGUGCUGGCCAAGCCCCCAGUGUGCCCAGCUGCCAAGCGCGCACUGGGCAGCCCCACGCUCAAAGUGUUCGGCAACCACGCCAAGACCGAGAGCGGCGUGCAGAGGGAGAACCUGAAGCUGGAGAUCCUGAAGAACAUCAUCAAUAGCUCCGAGGGCUCCAGCUCGGGCUCAGGGCACAAGCACAGCUCCCGCAACUGGCCGCCCCACCGGUCGGAAGCCACUGACCUGCACCGUCACUCUUUCGCGGAGUCCCUGAAGGUCUACCCCACGCAGGGCCGCAGCAGCCCGCAGGAGGGCGGCUCCCACGUGAGCAGGAGACUGCUGGAGCAGUCAGCCGAGUCCUUCCUCCACGUGUCCCACAGCUCUUCGGACAUCCGCAAGGUGACCAGCGUGAAGCCCCUCAAGGCCAUCCCCUGCAGUAGCUCUGCCCCUCCCCUGCCUCCCAAGCCCAAAAUCGCAGCCAUCGCCUCCAUGAAGUCCCCCGAGGCCGACCCUGUGGAACCAGCUUGUGGAGUCAGCCGAAGACCCUCCCUCCAGCGGUCUAAGUCAGACUUGAGUGACAGAUAUUUCCGAGUGGACGCGGACGUGGAGAGGUUCUUCAACUACUGUGGACUGGACCCGGAAGAGCUGGAAAACCUGGGAAUGGAAAACUUUGCAAGGGCUAAUUCUGACAUAAUAUCCCUCAACUUCCGCAGCGCAAGCAUGAUCAGCUCAGACUGUGAACAGUCUCAGGACAGUAACAGUGACCUUAGAAAUGAUGACAGUGCCAAUGACCGCGUGCCGUAUGGCAUUUCUGCCAUCGAAAGAAAUGCUAGAAUCAUCAAGUGGUUAUAUAGCAUCAAACAAGCUAGAGAGUCACAGAAGGUCUCCCACGUGUAAGACAAGACAGUGCGUGGAAAGGAAGGGAGCGUGGGUCUCUGUGCUUACACAGUUGUGAAGGUUGUGAGGUCUCCUUGAAGUGUUGUGAGCUUCUCCACUCUUUGUGUUGCUUGUUGUGCAAUGUUUUCAAGUUGCAUGCUUGUCAACAUGGGGACUGACCUGGCUUCCACGUCACCAUCGCUACAGAGCCUGGCUGAACACGCGUCAUCUGCCAAAAGUUUCAGGCCAGGAUCUAAUUAGGGCUUUGCUCUUAAGCAAAACUGUUUACAUGAAAAUGGUAUACAACUUCUUCGAUAUUUAUGUGGUUCUUGUGUUUUUAUAUCCCGCGCUAUUGUGUCUUAAUUAAAAGUUUUAUCAACUGGCUUUUAAGUUGAGAGCAGAAUCUUUUUGAAAUAAAAAGCCACUUUGCCUACAUGUGAGACUAUUCCAAUGGGACAGUAAAUGGGAUCUGCUACCAAACAGAUAGUGACUGACCGAACAUAGAACCAGGCUGGGUUUUCUGUGGAAUAAAGUGGUGAGCCUGACGUUAAUCGUUUACAUGUUGAAAUUCUCUUGCCACUUAGUGAAGCAGUCAUUGGGGUAACAAUGCUACGUUUUGUGUCCAAUUCAGUGUGUAAAUGUUGGUGGUUCUAUGUAAUACUGACCCCAAGGAAAGACGAUCAGAUACAAAGAAGGAUGGUUAAAUCUAGGAGGUUGGGUGUUCGGGGGUUUUGUUGAUGUUGUUCUGCUUUGGGAUAAUUCCGAAAUUUCUAAUAUUAUCUUUCGACAGAAUGGCCACUCUAAAACAAAUACUGAAUGCCUUUAAAAAAAAAAAAGUUGGGUUUUUUUUUUUUUUUUCAGUCGAGAACUACUAAUUUCAUGCUGUUUCUCUCUCCCUUUGUUGUUAUUUGAUUUGGGGGAAGGGAGUGAGGCUUGUGCAGAUUUGAGCUAUCUAAAGACAUGAACAGAAGUGAAAAUACCAGCCAUAUCAGUAGAGCCUCCCAUUCAAAAGUGAACACACUUGGUAGCUGAACCAUAUCUGAGCAGCGUGAUUCUGUUGUCUUGCAUAUGUUAUUCUCUCAGGCUGUGGGUCUUUGUUACAGCUCUAGGAAACCGUAGAAAUACAAUGCUAUGUAGCUUUUCCACCCCAUGGUCUCUAGUGCUGCCUAUCAACUUGUCCCCUUUUUUCCCAAUAACCUGUCUCCCAGGUGGUACAGUUAGCUGUCACUCAGCUGACACCAUGAUGUGGCGGCAGAGAGGGAAACCUACAGGUGGUUUGCCUCAUUGCCUUUGCCACAUCUGAAGUUCUCAGCAGCACUACCUUAGACUUCAUCAGCUAAUAGGAAACUUUUUAUGGUGUAAAUGCUGUAAGACUUUGUACAUACUUCAGUUGUUAUGAAAUCUUUAAAGAAAAAAAAGAAAAAGUUACGCUAAUAAAUCGCUGUGGUGCAGGCA